CUAGUCCUGCCUCUAGAGCCUUGCCUAAUACGAGUGUUUCACGGUCCGCUGUAUUCAAUCGUGGUGUGACGGCGCAGCUAGUGCGGUGCUGACGGGAGGGGCAGUAUUCCUGCAAAGAGCUCUGGGUGGCUGGACUCUGACUCGGAGCCAUAUUGUCCCGUCCCCGUGCAGACAGUGAAGGGAAGAUAGCAGAGGGGUGAUCCCAGCAUCCCCCAGCCGUGCUCCGGCGCCAGGGGCGACGGGCCUGGCGUGAGCCAAGUGGUGUCUCCAGCGCAGGGGCCGCUCCCCUUUUGUAAGCGGGGCGGGGCGGCGUCUAGCUGCAGGUGGGGGAGACUCAUCCGGGCCGGAAACUUCCGGCGUGUCCCCAGCUGCAUCGCGGGAGAGUAGAAGGCAGGGGCGGGAUUUAUCCGGGCUGCAGUGGCCGCGGCUCUCCCCGGCUUGUGGUGCAGCCGCACCGCCUCUCGGCCGACUCCGGCCAGCGCCCUCCCGCGGCGGCGGCAUGUCCGGCGGCGGGCGGCUCGCGGGCCGGGUGUGCCUGGUGACCGGCGCCUCGCGGGGCAUAGGGAAGGGCAUCGCGCUGCAGCUGUCGGAGGCCGGCGCCACCGUGUACAUCACGGGCCGGCAGCGGGAACCGCUGGUCCGGGCGGCGGCGGAGGUGUCGGCCCGGGGCGGGCGCUGCGUGCCCGUGGUGUGCGACUCGUCGCGGGAGGAGGAGGUGGCCGCGCUGUUCGAGCGGCUGCAGCAGGCGGACGGCGGGCGGCUGGACGUGCUGGUGACCAACGCCUUCUCCGGGGUGGAUGCCAUCGCCGCCGAGCUGGGGCUGCCCUUCUGGGAGAGCCCGGCCUCCUUCUGGGACCAGAUCAACAAUGCGGGCCUGCGGGGCCACUACCUCUGCGCCCACUACGCUGCCCGCCUCAUGGUGCCAGCCGGGCGCGGCCUCAUUGUCGUCAUCUCCUCGCCCGGUGGCCUGCGCUACAUGUUCAAUGUGCCCUAUGGCGUGGGCAAGGCCGCCUGCGACCGCCUGGCCGCCGACUGUGCCCUCGAGCUGCGCCCCUACGGCGUGGCCUGUGUGACGCUGUGGCCCGGUCUCGUCCGCACUGAGGCAGUGCUGAAGGAAGCCGAGGGCUCAGGCCCGUGGGUCGUGCAGCUGCAGAAGAUGAUUGGCAAUUCGGAGAGCCCAGAAGUGAGUGGCAAGUGCGUGGUGGGCCUGGCGUCCGAUCCCGCCAUCAUGUGCCACAGCGGCAAGGUGCUGCUCACCCCAGACCUCGCCCGCCGCUACCGCUUCCGUGACGUGGAUGGGAGACCUGUCUACAACUACGUAUCGGUGCGCAAUAUUCUCGUGAUGCUGAUGCCACGGCUGACCUGCCUCUUCCGCCUCAUCCCAGAGUGCGUCAGCAUACCCAAAUGGGCUCUCACACUUUACUCUAGCAAAUUCAGUGUCUACCCGCCCCUGCAAACAGCCCCCAAACCUGGAAAAAAUAUUUGAUAAAUUAAUAAUAAAAAAUGUGCCCGUGAUGUUUUUGAA